GGACAUGCGAAACAGUUGAAUGAAAUGGCGGAAACAUUUUAUUUCUUCACGAUAAUAAUAUUUUUAAACAUUUUUGUUGGAUUACUUGCCAAUCGAUAUGGUUAUGAUGAAACUCUUGGUGCAGUGGAGAAAUAUGAAAUAAGUGAAUACAGAAGAAUUUUCAACAUGCCUGAAGAGCAAAAUACCUUGGACAAUAUGUUCAGCCUGUUCACACAGAUGCACAAUCUAUCCGUGCGGUAUGAAAACUACAACAACAUUAAAAUCAAAUAUUUGAAGCUAUAUUUUGAAAAGAAAUAUGAGAAUAAGAAGCAUAAAAACAAGUUACUUAACAUGUACAAAUCGGAAUUAGAUUCUCUUAAAACGGAAACACAUUCAUUGGAACAAAUUUUGAAACCAGAAUUAGCUGCCAAGUCAAUUAGUUCGAUGGAAACUGAAACAAUGAAAACCCAUCAACAAACAAAUGCGAAAAAAAUUCAAAUUGACGAAUUAAAAAAUCAGUAUGUUAGUUUGAAGUCGGAGAACGAAGAAAAAGAGAGACAAGUCAAAGCCUUAGAAAAGGAAAUAGAUCAAAACACUAAAAAGAUAUUGAAGCUAAAAUCAAGACAAGGCAACUCAGAAUUGCUUCAAUUUCAAAUGGAGAAACUUGAUAUUCAGCUCAAGAGCUGCACAUCUUGUUGUCAGGCCAAGAGCUGCAAAGCAUUCGGCAAGUCCACCGAUAUCCAUAUGAUCCAUGUCAACAGGCAGACUGGAGCCUUCAGUGUCUCGUGCAAUGGGCAAGUGGCUGAAGCUGGUCCCGGAUGGACAGUGAUCCAAAGGCGGUUAGAUGGCAGCGAGAAUUUCUAUCGCAGUUGGGAGGAGUAUAAGGAGGGUUUCGGCAACUUGACAGGCGAAUUCUUCAUUGGCCUAGAGAAACUUCAUCACAUGACCACCGAGGAACCACAGGAAUUGUUUAUUCACUUGGAGGACUUUAACAAUGAAACGCGAUUCGCCCGCUACAGUGGCUUCUUAGUGGGUGGUGAAGAGGAUUCUUACAAGUUGGUUUCCUUGGGUGAAUUCUCAGGCCGAGCUGGAGAUAUACUGACAGAGAAUGUUGACAGAGGCUUCAGUACAUUCGACAAAGGAGAUGCAUCCAACAAAGCAAUAUCUUAUCAUGGGGCCUGGUGGUAUGAAGACGAUGGCAGCCUCAGCAAUCUCAAUGGACAUUAUAUACCAAAUGGAGAGGUCAUUUUGGAUUUUCGAGGUAAAGGCAUUUUCUGGUAUUCCGACUGGCACGAUGAAGAUUAUUCAUUUAAAUCGGUUCAGAUGAUGAUACGACCGAGAUCAUAAUAGGACAAUAAUAUUAAAAAAUCAAUAAAGUGAAUAUUUAUGGCACUUGAAUUGGUUACAAUCAAGUCGAAACUUUAAA